UAGCAUACAUACAUUAAGAAAGUAAAAUGGUUUUAAUCGAGGACUGAUCACUCGAAGCAGUUUAGUUUAGGCUCCAGCCACCGAUUGCACAGAAGAGGCGUGCUCAGGUCAAGCAUGUCGGGCGGGGCCGGCGGUACUGUGAACACUUAUAGUAUUCGGUGAUCAGUAUGCUUUUGUCCUACAAGAAUCACCCGCCAACUUCAAAACAAGCUAUUAAAUGAUCCUACUCUCUCCAUUCAAAGCAUUUGUCUUCAUAACAUCCCCUUAUCACCGCUCUGCCGCUCUCAUCUCUCCAUCUCGAAAUCUUCUACAUUUGCUUCAGCUUUCAAUUGCCCACAGCUCUCUGGAUCUCACCCACCAAUGCCAUUCUCGUAUUCUCUCGCUUGGUUUCUCUCAAAACCCCUUUCUAGCCACUAAACUCAUCACCGCAUAUGCUGUUUGCGGUUUCCCAACUGAGUCUCAACUUGUUUUUAACUCGCUUGAGCAUAAGAGCGUGCAUUUGUGGAACUCAUUGAUUAAUGGGUAUGUUAAAAAUCAGACAUACGGUGAAGCUUUUCGUCUGUUCUGUCAGAUGUGUUGCUCUGGCGUGUUUCUAGAUGAUUAUACGCUUUCAACUCUCUGCAAGGUUUGCGGUGAGAUGGGUGACUUGAAUACUGGGAAACUGAUUCAUGGGAAAAGUGUAGCAACUGGGUUUGUCAUAGAUAUCGUUGUCACCAAUUCUCUUAUGUCUAUGUAUUGUAAAUGUGGGGAAUUUAGAGAAUGUUUGAAACUGUUUGGUGAAAUGCCAGAGAGAAAUGCGACUUCUUGGAAUGUUGUCAUUGCGGGAUAUGCGGAUUCGGGGGAUCGUAAUUUCAAUAAGGAGAUUAUACGAUUUGUAAAAGACAUGCAAAUUGAGGGUUUCAAACCCAAUGGAUAUACAGUUUCGAGUCUGUUGCUGUUGUGUAAUGAUACUACUGAGAAAAUGGACUAUGGAAGGGAGCUUCAUGGAUUCCUAGUAAGAAAUGAACUGAGCUGGGGGUUUGCGGGUUCAGAUAUUCAUUUGGGAUGUUGCUUGAUUGAUAUGUAUUCGAGGAAUAAUAAAGUUGAUGUGGGUAAACGAGUGUUUGAUCUGAUGAAGAGGAGAAACGUUUAUGUCUGGACGGCAAUGAUCAACGGUUAUGUGCAAAAUGGAGUUCUGAAAGAGGCCUUGGUUCUUUUCUAUGAAAUGCAGGUGAAAGAUGGAAUAGAACCUAAUAGGGUGUCUCUGUUGAGUGUUCUUUCUACUUGUGGAUCACUUGCUGGUUUAACUGGGGGGAAACAAAUUCAUGGAUAUGCAAUUAGAAAAAAACUGAACCAUGACGUGUCUUUAGGUAAUGCUUUGAUUGACAUGUAUUCCAAGUGUGGUAAUUUGAACUAUGCAAGACGAGUGUUUGAGGACAGAUCUUUUUGUAGAGAUGCGAUCUCUUGGAGUUCCCUGAUUUCUGGAUAUGGAUUGCAUGGGAUGGGAGAGGAAGCUGUCUGUUUAUAUGAUAGAAUGCUUCAGAAAGGGAAUAAACCAGACACGAUAACAGUAGUAGGGGUUCUUUCUGCUUGUGGCAGGUCAGGAUUGGUAGAUGAAGGCCUUCGUAUCUAUAACUCUGCAAUAAGUGAAUAUGGAAUUAAGCCGACGGUUGAGAUUUGCUCUUGUCUUGUGGACAUGUUGGGUAGAUCAGGGAAGCUUGGACUAGCAUUAGAUUUUAUUAAAACCAUGCCUAUGGAACCUGGUCCAAGUGUUUGGGGCGCUCUUGUUAGUGCUUCCAUACAGCAUGGGAAUCUUGAGAUGCAGGAUCUAGCUUACAAGUUUCUUAUUCGGUUAGAACCUGAGAACCCCUCAAAUUAUGUCUCUCUCUCAAAUUUACAUGCUUUUUCUAGGAGAUGGCAUGAUGUAGCCAAGGUAAGAAAAAUAAUGAAAGAAAGGGGUUUAAGGAAAACUCCUGGGUGCAGUUGGAUAAGCAUUAAUAACUCAACUCAUUGUUUCUACGCUGCUGAUAAAGCACAUCCUUGUUCCAACUCAAUAUAUGAAAUGCUGGAUGGUCUUAUAUUAUUGAUGAAGGGAACUGUUCAUCCUCCCGAUUUUCAGUUCAUGACGUAGAUGUCAAGUGAUGAUCAAUGAUAGGUUAUAUUUUGCAGAUCCUGAUUGUUGAGGUAACAUUGUUUUCUUCAUUUAAAAUGUUAAUACGAAACAGAUAAGAAUUUUGCGGCA